ACCCCUAAUUUCUUACACUCACUCACUCACUCACUGACUCUCUCUCUCUCUACAUUUUGUGCGAUAAAAACAGGAGACUAUGUUUGUCCUCUCUGCUUCGCCAUCCGCAUUCUCCUCCGCCAUUUUCAUUUCCGCGACUUCUUCUAGGGUUUCGUCCGUCACUCUGUCUUCUUCUAAGCUCUUUGCGGCUUCGGUGAGAUUCGCUGGGAAGAGGAGCUUUGCUUGUCCUUGUUUUUUGGCCAUGGCAGAGCUUGUGAAGGACAAGGAAGCGUCGUCGUCGUCGUCGUCUUCCGCCACCUCCGUGAGCAGCAGCGGUGUGUCGGCUGUGGCGUCUGGCUCUACUUCAGAGAGUAAGGAGCCUAGCUAUUCUCGCGCGUUUCUCAAUGCUCGUACGGAAGAAGAGAUACUGGCUGGAAUCAGGAAAGAAGAAGAAGCAGGAAGGCUGCCUCCUACUGUUGCUUCUGGGAUGGAAGAAUUAUAUCAUAAUUAUAAAAAUGCUAUUUUGCAAAGUGGAAAUCCCAAGGCAGAUGAGAUUGUAUUAUCAAAUAUGGCUGCUGCAUUGGAUCGCAUAUUCUUUGAAGUAGAGGACCCUUUUGUAUUCCCACCAUAUCACAAAGCACUAAGAGAGCCUUUUGACUACUACCUGUUUGGUCAAAAUUAUAUUCGACCAUUAAUUGACUUCAGUAACUCAUAUGUUGGCAAUAUUUCCAUCUUCAGUGAAAUGGAAGAAAAGUUAAAGCAGGGUCACAACAUUGUUCUGAUGUCAAAUCACCAAACUGAGGCGGAUCCAGCAGUAAUUGCAUUGUUGCUCGAAUCAACAAAUCCACAGUUUGCUGAAAAGAUUACAUAUGUUGCUGGAGAUAGGGUUGUGACAGAUCCGCUUUGCAAGCCAUUCAGCAUGGGGAGGAAUUUAUUAUGUGUGUACUCAAAAAAGCACAUGUUUGAUGUUCCUGAGCUUGCUGAGAUGAAAAGAAAGGCGAAUACACGAAGCUUGAAGGAAAUGGCUUUGCUCUUGAGGGGUGGGUCUCAAAUUGUAUGGAUUGCUCCUAGUGGGGGCAGGGACCGGCCAGAUCCAGUUACAGGAGAAUGGUAUCCAGCGCCCUUUGAUGCUUCUUCAGUGGAUAAUAUGAGAAGGCUUGUGGAACAUUCUGGUGCUCCAGGUCACAUAUAUCCCUUAGCUUUACUGUGCCAUGAUAUCAUGCCCCCUCCACUCCAGGUAGAGAAAGAAAUUGGAGAAAAAAGAAUUAUCUCCUUCCACGGGGUUGGAGUGUCAGUGGCACCGGCCAUCAGUUUUUCUGAGAUUGCUGUAUCUCAUGAACGUUCUGAGGAGAAGGCUAAAGAGACAUACAAGGAGGCAUUUUAUGGUUCUAUAGCUGAGCAAUACAAUGUGCUCAAAUCAGCUAUACAUGGAAAACAAGGACUAAAAUCAUCUUCUCCCAACGUCUCUUUGUCUCAACCUUGGACUUAGUCAAUGUCUUUCUACACAGUCUAUUAAAUUGCUUCUAAUGAUCAGACUUGGUGUUUUUUGACAUACUCAGCUCCUUUAUCAAAAGCCAAUGGGCUUGUCCUUUACAAGUAUGAUAGGAGAUUAGUAGCUCUGUUACUUUAUACUCCACAGGCUAAUCUUUUUCUCCACCAUCACAUGGAUAUUCCUGUGUAGAUGCUAAAACAAAAGCUGACUUGAGUUCUUUUGAAACUCAGGCUGCGUUGGAAGCUAAGCCUUAGCUUUAGGAAUCGUUUAUUGUACAGCUGGAGAGAGCAAGAAAUGUAAAUUUCUUGUAAUAUGUUACUCAAUUUUUAAGUGGGUAUCUUGCAUUAUGUUAUUAUUUCAUUUAUUGAUAAUGUGAUAAUAAAGUUGGGACUAGAGAUCUGAUCAACAUAGAAUAGAAUUUUAGUGUCUUUAGCUUGGUUUCUACUGCUUCAAAGUACUUUUAUUGUUGAACAGGAAGCACUUGUUCUGCUGCCACUUAUUUAUUUUUUCAAGGGAUUAUAACUUUAUAUUACGUAUUUAUUAUGUUUUUAUUUUA